ACUUGCAAUCAACAGCAGUUCGCAUGGCGCGUUCAAUACUCGAGUUAGCUCUAACGCUGCUAGGCCUUUGUUUAAGCGUAGCUUCGGCACAGCGCUUGCCGUUCAAUGGCUGUGAUUCAGUCUUUCACUACCAGCGCUGGAAUGAGCAGUGGAUUGGACAUGUGAAGCCCCAACAGGAUGGCCUAAGGAAUGUGCACUGGAAGCUUAUCUUCUCACAGCAUGGCGUAAAUGAGGCGGGCGAUAUUAGUUCGCUGAUGCCCUAUCCCAAUAAGGAGACAGCUCUGCAACGCAUGCAGGAUGGCGGGCGUGGCGAGAUCUAUGUGCGCUUCGACAAUUAUCACAGUGAGCUGCCCAAGAUAGUGCGCAUCGAGCUCAAUGGCCAGCUGCUGUGCAAUGCGGAAGAGUAUGGUGCGCCUUCUACAACGAAAACGCGAGAGCUAAGCAUGUCCGUAUCAGGCAGCUCCACUAGACAGCAGCCAAUGCCAGCGCUGCAAGCGUCGUCCUCCAUAAGUUUGGUAAACAGACCGCCCGAAAAGAAACCAGCAGCAGCUGCAACAAGCCACAAGCGCUGCAACGAUGUCUUUGAGUACAGACUGGACGGUGAUCAUUGGAUUGGGCUUGUAACGCCACCAGAGGCAGGACUUACAGACAUAAGCUGGACUGUAAAAUUCAGCGCUCGUGGCGUUGAUAAGCCUGGCAAAACGAGCGCCUUCUCGGCAUAUCCCAACAAACAGGCUGCAUUUGAGGUCAUGCGUAAUGGCGGACGUCCCCAAAGCUAUUUGCGCUUUGAUGACUACGUGGGCGAGGUGCCCAGACUCAGUCAGGUCGAGCUUAAUGGCAAGAUCUUAUGCAGUUAUGUUGAGUAUGAUGCGCCCUCAACAACAAGCACGCGUCAGUAUCAAAUAGCGCUGGGCAGCUCCGGCACUCAGGUGCAGUCACAGACGCGACCAGAGACAACAACAAGAGCACCAGUUGUCAUCAGUCAAAGAAAGCCCAGUAAUGCCAACAAUCCGUUCCUUAGCGGACUGAUCACCACUACGAAACGCCCAGAGCGUGUGACGUUUACGCAACAAACGUCUGGCUUGGAGCAGUGCGGCCAGGAGGGUCUUGUGGGUCUGCAGGUGGGCGGCGAGACGGUGCCGCGCGGACGCUUUCCUUGGCUGGCGGCGCUCUACUAUGACAGCAAUCCGGAUGCGCUUAAGGUGGAUUUGGUCUACAAGUGCGUCACUACGCUGGUCUCGGCACGCACAGUGAUGACUGCAGCGCAUUGCAUCUACGGCGUGCUGCCGAAUGAUCUGCGCGUCUAUGUGGGCCGCCACGAUGUCACGCUGCAUCCUGAGCAGCAUGCCACAUUGAUGCUGGUGCAGAGCGUGCAUACGCAGCCGGACUUUGUGGGCAAUCUGGUGCCAGACUCGGAUGUGGGGCUGCUGGUGCUCACCGAGCGUGUGCAGUACUCCAUCUAUGUGCGUCCCAUUUGCAUGUGGAGCAGCAGCAGCAGCGUGAGCAUUGGUGACAGCGAGCAGACUGCCGUUGCCGGCUGGGGCACUGAUGCCACAUUCAAGCCCACGCGCUAUCCGGUCACCGUCAAUGUGCGUCCAGUUUCUAGGGAGGAGUGUCUGCGUGAAAUGAUAACAGCGCGUGACUUCUUAACGCCGCGCACCAUCUGCGCUGGCAAUGAUCAAGGACAUGGUCCUUGUCUGGGCGACUCUGGCGGCGGUUUGAUGGUGCUGCGUAACAAUCGCUGGUUUCUGCGCGGCAUUGUGUCGGUGGCGCAGCGCGCGGGCUUGGGUUGCGAUCUGUCGCGCUAUGUCAUCUACUGCGAUGUGGCCAGGCAUUUGAGCUGGAUUGAGCGCACAAUUGUGAGCUGAGUGAAUAUAGAAUAAAUAAUUAGCUAAAUGCUGCCUAACAA